AUGAACCCUCCUUCGGCACCCGCUGAUCCGGCCGCCAAUGGUAGCUCUGUCGCGGUGGUUAACUACUACAAUGUGAUAGAAGAGACAGGGAUUGCUGAUAUUGUUAGGAGGAAGGUUAAGAUCAAAGCCAAGAAGGCUGAGAUCGAAGCUAUGAGGAAGGCUAUGAAAGAACGUGGAGUUAUUCCAGAGAUGAGAGAAAUGAAGGCUGAGCUCAGAACCUCAAGAGGAAGAGGCUGCUCGUUUCUAACGAAACGGAUUCCGAUGAAUCGGAUUCCGACGAUUCCCACGUGUCGAAGAAGUCGGGAUCGGUAUCGGGAUCGGAUCUCUCCGAGCCCGAUUUGCGCGAUAAUGAUGUCGUGUAUGCGCAGCAAGUCAAAGACGACUUUGACGAAUAGCUUCGCUUUCAACGAUAUGCAUUAUUCCGAUUGGCUUCUCGGUAUCGAGAUCAUUCCCGACCCGGUUUAUGCCCAACCCCAACAAGUUUUGAAUGGGAAUCAACCUGCUAUGGAUGAUGGUGGUGAUGAAGAUGGCUCUGCAGCUAGCGUUGUUCGAGUUAAAACACUGCAUAUCAGUUCUCUUAUACUGGCUGCUAAAAGCCCUUUCUUUUGUAGGCUUUUAUCAAGUGGGAUGAGCGAGACAAAGCAAAGACAUAUUUCCCUCAGGAUUAAUGCAUCUGAAGAAGCGGCUGUCAUGGAGCUACUGAAAUUUAUGUAUAGCAAUACCUUGAAUAUUACGACAGCACCUGCUUUGCUGGAUGUGCUUAUGGCUGCUGAAAAAUUUGAACUGUCAUACUUGAUAAAUUCGCCCAUCACACCUUACUUUGCAUCACUCUACCCGGAGCUUCCUCAUACCGUUGAUGCAGUUCAACCACUGAUUGAUGCUGCAAAGCAGUAUGUUGUGGGUCGAUACAAAAAUAUAACCAUGGAAAGCUUUCAGGAAGAGCUUAUGGCCUUGCCUCUGUCUGGAAUAAAGGCAAUCUUGGCUAGUGAUGAUAUCCAGGUUGAAUCAGAAGAUAAUGUAUAUAACUUCACAUUAAAUUGGGUUAGACAAAAGUACAAAAGUCAGAAAGAAAGGGGAGAAGUUCUUGGUAAAGAACUUGGGCCUUUAAUUCGCUUCAUUUAUAUGACAUGUCAAAAGGUUAAGGACCUCUUAAUUGACUUUGAAGAAGAGGGUGUAUCUAAGCAUAUCCUUCAAACUUUGAAGGAUAUGCAUUGCAAAAUGUCAAGGAGAAAUCAUCUUCCUGUGAACCAUUUUUUUGAGGCAAGGGCAUAUAAGAGUGUGAUGCACAUGAGUUUGACGCGGGAAGAUUGCAUCACUAUGUUCCCAUCUGGCCAUCUGCAUUCCGAGGACUUUCCUUUUGGUGGACUCAUAUUUAUUUUAUCUGCGUCAUGCCGCAAGGCGGAACAUGAUUCUCCCCAUGGCUUUGGGUUUGCUGUGGGAAGGAGGAAAUGGUGCAAGGGGGGAAGCAUUGAUGCGGACUAUAAAUUUGCUGUAAUGUUGAGGCCAACAAAGAAGUUUGCAACCUUGCACAUUUCCAAUUCCGUAUUUAUCUAUGGGAAAUUUAAGGGCUGUAAAAACCUCUUUGGGGUUCCGUGGACUUCGUUCAUUGCUGAGGACAGUCCAUUCUUUAUUGAAGGCAUUCUCCACCUUAGGGCCAAGCUCACAAUCAGACGCUGUCCCAUAGACCUACCAAUAUAG